UUGCGUUUAUCAGAAACGCUGAAGCGGGUGCACGUUUUUGUCCCAGACGUGUUUCCGUCAGCUCUCAGCUCGCCUCAUGAAAUCCUCAGGGAAAAUGGCGGGUGCUGGAAGGAAAAGCGAAGCAGGAUCUCCUGGGGUUGCGGGAUGGAUUAGCUCCGCAUAUCGAUUUGCGACCGACAGAAAUGAUUUCAGAAGGAAUCUUCUUGUGAAUCUAGGUUUGUUUGCAGCAGGGGUUUGGGUAGCGAGGAAUUUGUCAGACUUUGACCUGAUGUCGCCUCAACCAGUCACAUAGUCCCAAUCAAAUCAUGUGGUUUUGCAGGAGGAGAGGACCAAUUUCUUCUGAACAAGAAUGGAGCUUUCUAUCAGACCCAAAUGAUGGGACAAGACCACUGGACAGUGAAAAGAAAACAGUCAAUGAAGCAUUGUUAAAGCUCCAGUACACACAGAUUUGAAAAAAAAAAGAAAAGAAAGAAAAACAGUGAACAGAUGACUAUCACAAAUGCCAAACUUUAUUUCGUAUAAAAAAUAAUGUUUCUUGUUUAAGUUAAAAGUUCACAAGCGAUAUGAUCUGCCAUUCCAGCAGGUUUAAUCGUACAAGUGGUGAGAAAAAAAAAAAAAAGUUACAUAAUACUUAAUAAAAAUGUUUAAACAUUCUUGAUCUCUA